AUCCCGAAUAUUUACCGCAUCUUCUGCCCAGUUUGCAUUCUCAGUUUCUUCUUAUUUUGUAAUAUAUAAAGCUUUACUUCGAUUCUUUACACGCGUGUUUGCCCCUCUACUUGGUCCUCGUAACAACUUAAAUGACAUAGCAUGUUCACCCUUGGUUCCCCCAUUUUUGGCUGGUUUGUUCGCGGGACCUUCAUUACUUUUUGAUAAAUAUCAAUCAAGGAGGACGUUUAUUGCUACAACUAUAUUGUGUAAAAGUCUACAGACUGUUUACCACGCAUUAAGAGAAAAUGGAUAUAUUCCUAUAAUGCCAUGGUGGUGGGGAUCAUGGUUGAUUUUUCCAAUCAGUUCUGCUCAACUCAUAUACUCUUAUUUAAUUCAUCCAGAUAUUUUUCCUGAUGAUUAUGCAAAAUUUAUUACUAGUAGAAGUACUACAUAUGUACAACAACGUCCAAGUGAUCUUCCAAAAUCUUUACCUUGGCCAACAAGUCGUGAAAUC